UUUUUUUUUUUUCUAACGUUAAUUUAACCGACGCCCGCGACAGCAAUCGACUCAAACGGGGAUUUUUUUGUUCCACCGGCGACGCAAAAAUGCGUGUAGACCGGGCCUCGCGUUGACGUAUCCUAAGUGGAUCGACUCGGUGAUGUUGCCCUCCCUCUCGGAGCCUGGCUCGGGCUGAGUUGUUCGGUAUGACAGGAAUGAAGACGGAUCUGCAAGUAUUGAUAGCUAAUUUAAAAGUCAGCAUCUUAUUACCCUGCUAUCAAGAUUUCCCAUACAGAUUUUCAAAUGAAAAUGGAGGAUAUGCCCCUGUCAGGCCCAGACAACACCAAGCUGGAGGCCUUGGUCCACGACAUCUACUCUGAGCUGGUGGAAGAUGCCUGUUUGGGCCUGUGUUUUGAAGUACACCGUGCUGUGAAGCAGGGCUAUUUCUUCUUGGAUGAAACGGACCAAGACAGCAUGAAGGACUUUGAAAUUGUGGAUCAACCAGGAGUGGACAUAUUUGGGCAGGUGUACAAUCAGUGGAAGAACAAAGAGUGUGAGUGUCCAAAUUGCAAAAGGUUGAUAGCAGCUUCUCGCUUCGCCCCGCACUUGGAGAAAUGUCUCGGCAUGGGACGCAACAGCAGUCGCAUCGCCAACCGCAGGCUAGCCAGCAAUAAUAACAUGAGCAAAUCAGAGAGUGAUCAGGAGGACAAUGAUGACCUCAAUGAUAACGACUGGUCGUAUGGGGCAGAAAAAAAAGCCAAAAAGAGAAAGUCAGAUAAGAAUCAAAAUUCCCCGAGGAGAUCCAAAUCUCUAAAACACAAAAAUGGUGAGCUCGGGAGCAGCCUCAGCUCAGAGCCCUACAAGUAUAACUACAACACUGGCAUCAGUUAUGAAACAUUAGGCCCCGAUGAAGUCAGAUCCCUUUUAACAACACAAUGUGGGGUGAUCUCUGAGCACACCAAGAAGAUGUGUACCAGGUCACAGCGAUGUCCCCAGCACACGGACGAACAGAGGAGGGCCGUCAGGUUGUUCCUCCUGGGGCCGUCCGCGCCGUCGCUGCCCAGUGCAGACGCUGUGGUGGAGAGCGACAGCUUUGACAUUCCAGAUGGACAGACCCUGAUGAGCCGUCUGCAGUGGGAGGACUCCCCUGAUAUCUCGCCCACCGACUCUGCCUCAUCUAAAGCCAGCACCAACCAUUCAGAUUCUAGGAAGCCGAAGAAGAAAAAGAGGACGUCUCUCGGCUUGAAUAGCGGCGGAGGAGGAGGAGGGGGAGGAGGAGGAGGGGGAGGUGGAGGUGGAGGUCUGACUGGAAGCAGCAGCAGCAGCUCUCAGAGUAAUAUCAGCUUGUCGACCAAAAAAAAGAGGCCCAAACUCUCAGCACCUACUAUUUCAAGUAUCUAUGAUGACUUAAACUAGCAACAGCCCGUUUGUCAGGCCAGCUCCUGCCUCUUCUGAAUCGAGACCCUCCUUUCAUACCUACAUAUAUAGGUUCUUUAAUCAUUCUGCCUUAGUGAGUAAGGCAUCUCCAUUUUAAUGAACAUUUCUCCUGUUUUGUGAACACAGUUCUAAAAAGUUUGAUCAGUCACAGAGUCCAAUCAGAGUAUCUGUAGGUAAAUUCAGUCGCAUAACAAAAUUUCCAUUCCGCCGUCGCCCUAAGGUGGAAGUCAGGGUGACCUGACAAAGCAUUCAUCUGACACUUUUUGUAGUUGGUCCUUUGAGGUUGCAUUGGUAACUACCUCAGGGUUCUCUGAAAUGUUUUUUUGAGCAAUUUCAGUGUAAUAAGUUUUUCACUAAUGGAAGGCUUCCAAGCGGUUAUUUGAAUUUACAGUUGCGCUAUAUGGCCAAAAGAAUGUGGACAACUGAACAUUACACCCAUAUCUGAUGCUUCAAUAUUUAAUUCCUAAACCACUGACUUUAAACUGCUGCUACAAUACUCUCCUCGCUUCUGAGAAGACUCUCCACCAGAUUUUGGAACCUGGCUGCGGGAAUUUGAUUCCAUUCGGCCACAGACCAUUGGUGAAGCACUGAUGUUGGGUGACAAGGCCUAACUCACUGUCUUUUUAUCCCAAAAGUGUUGGAUGGGGUUGAGGUUAGGGCUCUGUGCACACCAAACUUAACCAUUUCUUAAUGGACCUGGUUUUGUGCUCAGGGUCAUUGUCAUUCUGACACAGGAAGGGAUCUUUCCCAGACCUUUUCCACAAAGUUGGAAGCACACUAUUGACCAAAAUAUCACUAUGCUGUAGCAUUUAGAUCACUUUUGAUUGGAACUAAGGGGCAAGGCUCCAACCAUGAAAGACAGCCCCAGACUAAAUGUACACAAAGACACGUGGACCGGGGUGUCCACAUAGUUUUGACCAUACAGUUAAAGCAGCACAAGGAUUUGUCUCAAAUGACACAAUCACUACAGUCUGUCUCUGUUGAUCAGCUUACGUAGAGGAUUGGUUUUCAAAUUCACAACACUGAGCUGUACGGUAUAAUAGGAACAUAGGUUUGAUUUUAUGCCGGAAAAAAAUUAAAUCACUUUUCUCUUAAAAAGACACCGUAAACGGCCUUUUUCACGGCAGCGAUUUUGACAGGACGUAGAAUGAAAACCACAGGUGUAGUUGAUAAUAUUAGUAAGGGAUGUACUCCAUUGAGCUCUCCUAAAUUCAGGGCCCCACUGUGUAUGCUCGUUCACAGACAGUGUUUACGGAUACACUUGUAUGGUACACAGCCUGCGUUAGCAUUAAUAGCAUUAAUUACACCCGUGUUUGUCCUGUGACAGAAUACCUGCUCUGAAACAGGCCGAUUAGCAGUCCUGGUUUGUCCACCUACUUAUGUAACAUUUAAGACCUUUUAUUACCGAUGGUCAAUUUAAAAAAAAAAAA